UUUAGUUGUCUGCGGUAGCUCAGCUUCGUAUGCGAAUUGAGUUCAUCUUCCCCAAUAGUCACACUGCAUCCAACCAUAUAUAACAUAUAUGCUUCUUUAGUUGUCUGCAGUGCAUGCAAUUAUUGCAAUAACAAUGGCUACUUCAAAGAAUGCUAGUACUAGUGCCUUUGUUCUUCCUCUAGCUUUCUGUUUAGUUGGGAUAUCUCAGCUGCUGCUUUGCUCAGGUCAUGCUCCCAACUGUGAUCCCAAUUUGAUUGAGGCCAGAGAUCGGGACCGGCUUCAGUUUGCUUUGAACUUGGAAUUCUUGGAGGCUGAGUUUUUCCUUUAUUCUGCCCUUGGAAAAGGUCUAGAUUAUAUCAGUCCAAAUUUAAGCCUAGGCGGACCCCCGCCGAUCGGUGCUCAGAAGGCGAAUCUCGACCCUCUUGUUCGUCGUAUGACUGAGGAAUUCGGUUUACAAGAAGUUGGUCAUGUCAGAUCAAUUAUUAGAAAAGAAGGAGGAUUUCGCAAGCCUUUGUUAGAUCUCAGUUGUCAGAAUUUCGCAAAGCUAAUGGAUCGAGCAGUGGGUUUCACUCUGAUCCCGCCAUUUGAUCCAUAUGCAGACUCAUUGAAGUUUCUCUUGGCAACCUACUUGAUCCCUUACGUUGGAGAAAAUGGUUAUGUUGGCACAAUUCCAUACCUUAGAAAAAGAAAUCUCUUGGCUGCAAAGCUUUUGCCGAUCAAGGCUGGACAAAAUGCAGUGCUACGUACGUUGUUGUAUCAGAAAGCUACUCAACUGGUGCCUCCAUAUACUUUCACGGUGCGUGAGUUCACCAAGGCCAUUGCCCAGCUCAUUAACGACAAUGGCAAGUGCGGCAUCAAAAACGAAGGCAUCUUACUAGAUGACAUAACCCUCGGGGCGGAGAACCGGACGACCAGUAACGUUCUGUCCGCCGAUGCCAAUUCGUUGUCCUACGCAAGAACAGAGCCUGAGAUGUUGAGGAUUGUGUACGGAACCGGCAAUGAGCACCUUCCAGGAGCAUUUUUCCCCUUGGGUGCAAACGGCAAAAUUGCAAGGAGCUACCUCCUUAUGUAA